AUUCUGCCAUUCACCUCCAGAGCUGGUGCACUUGCGGCCUCCUCAGUCAACCAGCAGCAGUCACGUAAACUCAAACACGAUGGUACGUACAGUGCAACAAGCAAGAGCCAGCCACAGUAGAAACACCUGCCGUGAGCCAUGGAAUGUGCUACCACACAAUACGGAACGAGGAAAACAACUUGCACCGUCGAAGGAAAGAAAAAUGGCUGCGGAUAAAAGAAAUGCAGAAAAGUACUUCAGGGAGUGCCACACCUCUGGAAGCACACAGCACGAGACAGGGAAAUUUGAGAAAAAAGUGCUGCAGUCCCUCAACAUGAUCAAGCUACGAGUUGCUGAGCAUUCUGAGCAGCUGGACUCUAUUUGUGCAAGCCUGGAACACCAAACGAAGGCUCCAGAAGAACAUGUCAUGAUACAACAAUUUCGUGACUUGGAAAGCUUUCUUGACUACAAUGACCAGCUUAAGGUGUCAAGAGAAAAACAGGAGUCAUUGCGCAUGUAUAUGACCAGGCUUGGAGGGAACAACCUUGGAGACAAAGUCAGACGAACCCUCUACCAAAUUUUAUCUGAUGAAGUCUCUGUUUGCUUUAACUGGACUGGAACUGGAGCCAAACGAAGGUUCAAGGGUCUGGAAUUUACAAAUGUCAUGCUGAGUGUAGUUACCUGCCCACCAACAAAUGCCACAGCAGCAGAAGUGGAGAAGGUUGUGCAGACUUGGCUGCGCCAUUCCCACGAACGUAUCCAAAAGGCGGCAGCCAGGAACUCUCAACUUCAAGAACCAGCAGCAUGAAGAGAACAAGGGACUAGGAAUGUGCACCUUUGUUCAGUUUCCAUUUUACUUUUCAUUCAUCGGGUCACAACAAGAAAUAACUUUGCUCUGUGCCAUCAUAAAGUAAG